CCAGUGCUCUGUUUUUUGAAUGGUCACAGAGCUGUGCCACAUCAGUGCACUAUGCACAAAAGGGAAAUAGAGCCUUUUACAUUCCACAUUCACAGGAACUGACUACAAACUGCGAUGAUUUUCCUUGCAGAAUAUAACGCACACCUGAGUACUAUAACAUGUCACACCUGUGGCUGUGUCCUGCUGGGGCCCGGGGGUCCCAUGUCCCACGGAGGCUGAGAGCACGGGCAUGUUUGGUUGACCUGGGGACAGAGAAGUGGGAGCGGGGCCUUGCGGUGUCAGGAGUCAGGUCAAAACGCUGGGAGACCUUAUCUUCUGUUCCGUGACAUCACUGGUCAUUGAACUGUUCUUAAACGGGGGACAGGGGCACCUUCACCUCGCCCGCGUGUCGACCACAGACACAACCGUCACCAGGCCCUUCUGCUCUGUCUCGUUCCGAUCCGGCGCGGGACUGGGCAGGCUCCGCGGAGAAACCGAGUCAGAUUCCCGGGACAAAGGAAGAGGCAGGCGGGUCAGCGGGCCAGGAGGGCGUUCGGCCGGAGCCGACCUCAGGGCGGGCGGAUCAGACACGUGUGUACCGCCGGCCCGUCACUCAGGGCGUAGGAGGCGGGGCCUGGGGGAUCUGCCCAAUCUGGCGCCACAGGGGCGGUGCCGGGACCACCCUCCAAUCAGAACGUGAAGGGCCUCAGGCUGCCCUAUCACAGUGCGGCAGUGCGGUGUCUCGGAGAAUUGUCCAAUCGAGGUGGUGGGGAGUUAUCUUCGGAACAGCAUCCAAUCGGAUCGCAUUGCCUGAAGCAACGCCCAAUCCGUGCUUGGGGGCGCAUAGCGCGGUGCAUUUAUAUUACCGGGUCCGGAAACACUCCAAUCAGGCCCUGGUGGGUGGGGGAUGGGGUGAUGCCAUCCCGCUCGGUGAGUGUGAGCUCUGAGUCGUGGCUGCUGGUGUGCGCUUGUCCCGCGCUCACCCAGUUUUCCGGUCCGCUAGCUCCUCGGUUGGAGGAGGGGCACGUGAGGGCCGCGGAGUCGCCGGGUCGCGGGAUCAAGAGGAGGACGCCCGGAGAGCUCCGUGUGCGGCCGCGAGAUGGACUCUGUGGUCUUCGUGGAUGUGGCUGUGAACUUCACCCCGGAAGAGUGGGCUUUGCUGGAUAGCAGUCAGAGGAACCUCUACAGAGAUGUGAUGCUGGAGACCUGUAAGAACCUGGCCUCAGUGGAUUAUUGCAUUCGAGUUAAUACCAGUGGAUCAAGUCCUCAGUGGGAUGUUUUGGAGGAUGAACCAUCUCAUGAAGAAAAAAUAGUAAGAUUUGCAAGAAAUGAUUCCUGGUCUGUUUUUGGAGAAAAUCAGACGUUUCGUAGCAGAGGAGAUUACCUGCAAACCCAGGAAAGGCGUUUGAGAAGUCCUUUUGUGGAGAGUGUCUGUGAACGUAUCGAAGGAGAUCAACGCGGAGGCACCCUGAACCCGAUUACAAGUCUUACCGCGCACCAGGGGUAUCCCACCGGAGGCAAACCCUGUCAAUGCGCUAAGUGUAGAGAAGCCCUCACAAGUGGUUUUUUCCUAGGGAACCUGCGGAGAUUUCACCCAGGACUCAAACCUAGUCCCUGUGAGGAAUGUGGGCUGGCCUGUAGCUGUGUCGCGAGCCUCAGCACUCAGGUGGACGCAGGCCUUGUAGAGAAACCCUACGAAGGUCAGGACGCCGGGAGAGCAUCGGAGACGUACGCGAAGAGUCUCAGUAGUAAAAUAUCUCUAGAGUGCAAGAAAUGUGGAAAAGCUUUCAUUUGCACGUCUUCCUUUCAGGGUCACGUGCGAGGUUCCUGUGGACAGAGUGUCCAUGCGUGUGGCGUGUGUGGGAAUGCCUUUAUGUUUCACUCCCGUCUCACGUGUCACGUGAGAACUCACGCCGGGGAGAGGCCCAGUGAUUGCAUAGACUAUGGGAAGGUUUACAGCUGCCUCUCUUACGCUCAAGGUCACUCCAGUAAUCAACCUGGGGAAAGAGUUUUUCAGUGUGGGCUCUGUGGGAAAGCCUUCACUCGUCGGACCUACCUUCAAAGUCACGUGAGAACGCAUACCGGGGGAAAACCCUACAAAUGUCAGGAGUGUGGAAAAGCCUUCACUCGUCGGGCCUACCUUCAGAGUCAUCUGAGAAAGCACAGUGGAGUGAAAUCUUUCAAGUGCCAGCAGUGUGGAAAAGCCUUCUAUUCGUCCUCGUACCUUCAGAUACAUGCACGGAUACAUACCGGGGAGAGACCCUGCGUGUGUCAGCAUUGUGGGAAAACGUUCAGAUACCCCGCAAACCUGCGAGCUCACGUGAGGACACACACCGGGGAGAGGCCCUACGAAUGUAAGGAGUGUGGAAAAACCUUCAGUCGUGUCUCCUCCUUUCGAAGGCACGGGAAAACCCACAGUUGAGUCAAACAUCUGAAAGUACGGAGUGUCGUUCCUAAUCCGUUCUAUUGUUCUUCAUUCCUUCGAUACGGAACAACGCACGCUGGGGAGAGACGCUUGCGAGUAGUGUGGGAGAGCUUUCAGGCAGCUCCAGCAUUUGCAAAGUCAUUUGAGAUACAGUUGCGUGAAACCCUAGGAGAGUAAAGAGUGUGGGAAAGCGUAGCGGGUUUACUCCUUCCUUGGAGGACGCACGGUGGGGAGAGACCCUUUGAAGGUCAGCACUGUGGGAAGACGUUCAGGCGUCACGGCUCCCGUCAAGAACACGUGAGGCUGCACAGUGGACGGUGAGCCGGUGAAUCUGAGGACUCUGGUGGGGCCUUCCAGUGCCCCGGAGACCUGCGGGAGCGUGUGACGACUCACACCGGGCACUGUGGGAGAGCCCCCAGUCGUCCCUCCUCCCACCGAGGACACGUGUGAAGGAAAACACGGCGAAGUGUAGCCUGAGAACGGAGGGACCGUGGAAAAGCCUUCGGGCAUCCCAGGAACCUGUGAGCACGCACACACUGGGGACUAGCCCUGAGCACAGCACCUGUGGCAAAGCCUGCAUUCUCCCCCAAUAGUCAUAUUUAAAACAUGAGCAAACACCACGGAGAGAAAUCUUCUCGAUGGGAAAAGUGUCGGAAAAGCUUGGAAGGAUCGUAGGUCACGUAUUUUGUCCACGGCAGGUCAGGCAGCCCCGGCAUCUUCUAAUUGUUGUAAAUAUGGAUUUGUCUUUGCAAAUGCCUCUUCCUUACAGGGAUCCCAAGUGCGUUAAUUCCAGCGCAUGCCUAAGAAGCAUCCCACUGUGUCCUUCUCACCUGUAGGGCAUUAUUUUGUUAUCUCAGAUCCGAAAACCGCAUACAGUUAUGGCAAACGUGUCUCCACGACGAUGUCUUCUGGACCCAGGGCUGAUCAGUGGUCUGUACGUGUAUCUCGUCCUCUGGUGCAGAGACCGGAACUCCCCGACUCCGCCCUGCCCCUCCUUGCGGUCUUUAUUAUUGAAAGUUGUGUCUCCACGUGUGCUGUUGCUGCCGUGUGCCCACCUGUGUUCCCCAUGGACGUUAGUAAACGCGCAAGGAUACUGGAGAUACUGGAGGAGGACAGUCUCCUCUGAUCGUGUUCAUGGUUUGACCUCCGCUCAUCGCCCUUGAUCUCGGUUGUUCAUCAGUCAUGACCCAUUGAGUUACGAAGAGAAACUCUGUUGGGGGUGCCUGGGUGGCUCAGUGGGUUAAGCGCCCCACUCUUGAUUUUGGCUCUCAGGUCAUGAGCUUGCGGUUCGUGGGAUUGAGCCCCGUGUCAGGCUCUGCGCUGACAGCUCUCUCUCUCUCUCUCUCUCUCUCUCUCUCUCUCUCUCAAAGUAAAUACAUACACUUAAAAAAAAAAAAAAAAGAAGAGAAACCUUGUGGCUUGAAGUGGAAAGCUAGUGUCCGGCUGGUUCUGCUGGGUUUCGUCGUGAGCCUUGUGAGGCGGGAGGCCGUAUGUCCCAGAGUCCUCCUCUGUGCGGCUCUGAGAGGAAGGCCCUGAGCAGAGAAGCUGUGUGGGGCUUGGAGAGCAGCGGUGAGGAACCGUGAUUCUCCAUCCUUCCGUGACACCAGGGGACAGACGCAUGGGGACCCAGUGGGCCUGAGUCACGGCGUGUUGUCCUGGCUUCUGGUCUGCCGUCUGGAACAGCCCCCGUGUAGGAAAAGUUUGACGUUAGUUCUUGUUAGCAUGUUCCAGAGACUUCCACGAGCUGUCCCGUGACAGAUCGUCUUGGCUUCCCGGUCCCCACGGAUCCUUGCGUUGCCCUGUGACUCUUUGUGUCCGUGAGGCCGUCUCUUCAGGCUGUCGUGCUUAGCGAGCUCUCUUAUCCUGUGACCCCUUCAUCUCCAUACUUUUCUUAAAAAUGUUCAUUUUACUUUUUUUUUUUUUUGAGAGAGAGAGUGAGCGGUGGAGGGGCAGAGAGAGGGAGACAGAACCCCAAGGGGGCUCCUCACUGUCAGCACAGAGCCCGACUUCAGGGCUCGAUCUCACGAACCGUGAAGUCAUGACCUGAAUCGAAAUUGAGAGUUGGACGCUUCACCAACUGAGCCACCCAGACGCCCCUCCAUGCUUUUCCUCGUACGUGAUUUCUGUGGUGAGCAUCUCGGUAGGUCUGUGUCCUGCCUCCCUCAGACCAAAGGCUGUAGCCACAGAUGCAGGAAACCUCUGUCCCUGGUUGCAUUGCGGAGAGGCUGUGCUGACCCUGCCUGUCUUCUUUCUGGAUGUUUCCGUGAUUGGAAUUAGCACCUGUGAGUGUAUUUGGCAGUUUGUGGGAGUUUUCCUCUAUAGCUGGCCGCUGUCUUUUUAAAAAAAAAUUUUUUUUCAACGUUUAUUUAUUUUGGGGACAGAGAGAGACAGAGCAUGAACGGGGGAGGGGCAGAGAGAGAGGGAGACACAGAAUCGGAAACAGGCUCCAGGCUCUGAGCCAUCAGCCCAGAGCCUGACGCGGGGCUCGAACUCCCGGACCGCGAGAUCGUGACCUGGCUGAAGUCGGAGGCUUAACCGACUGCGCCACCCAGGCGCCCCCAGCUGGCCGCUGUCUUAAGAGAGAAACCCAGUAUGCUUACUGACUCUUGUUACACGUGAUUUCCCAGUGUUUAAUUCUGUUGUUUUUAAUACGUGGUUCAAAACACUGUAGUUUUUGUGAAACAAUCGCCCCCCCCCCAUUAUUUCUUAGAAAGCAUCUUACCUGGGUUUUCCAAUCUUUUACAUCUUUAUAAGUGUUUUCUGAUUCGUUACCCGAGAUUUUAUGUUCAAAUGUGACCUGCUGGGGAAGUGACUCAUUUUUGGAGUGUGUCAUUUUUUCCAUACUUAUUCAGAAGCAAUAGUACUAAAUACUGUUUAUCUUAAAAGUAAAACUGAACAGUUCCUUCGCCAGGAAAAAUGUUUAUCUGUCCUUAGCAGUUCAGCAGAGGAACGCUUCAGCAAGGGUAUAGACGUGUCUGGCGAACAAAGGAGAGGCAUGCUCUUUUGUAGAGGAGGGGGGGGUUCUAGGAGGGGCUGGUAUAACAGCGCAUUGUCGUGAAGCGGGCGUUCAAGUGGAGUGUAUUUUCACGGGCUGGGCUGUGACGGUCUGCCACUGGCGAGGCCAUUCAUGGCAGAGGAGGAAACCUUUCUGCCUCCUGGUGGGACAGUAAAGCAGUAGCUGAAGGCGUAUCGAAUCCGAGGGUGUCUUUCCUUCGGCGUGUGUAGUUGACAGUCAGCGCUGGGUCAUGAGACCUCCCCAAGAUCGUUCUUCAAGGGCAUUUCUGACCAAGAGACCGGCUUUCCGUUGUUCGUGGUUUUGUCCCUCAGUGCUGGGGACGAUGUGUCUUGGUUCUGUGUCUCACGUGAGCGAGGGAAGGUGCACAGCGGUGGAAACCAGAUAGGGCCCCACGAAGGAAAGCUGGGCGGAGAAACUCUCCAGCACUUCUCACCUCGCCUGUAUUUAUCCAGCUGAUAAGCAUCGGAGGGGCGGCCGGCUGGCUCGGUCAGUAGAGCACACAGCUCUUGACCUCAGGGUUGUGAGUUCAAGCCCCACGUUGGGUGUAGCGAUUACUUAAAAACAAAAUCUGAAGAGACAGAGAGAGAGAUGGUAAGUAUGGGGAAUCAUCUAAUUAUUAGGUACAUCAUUUCCACAAAAGUUUGACAGGCAACAAUAUAGAAACCUUAGAAUAAAUAUACAAAACUAGCUUAGCUUGGCAAUUCUACAUUAUGUGAAUAAUAUUCUUUUUUUAAUAAUUGUUUCUCUAA